UAGAAGAUCAGACUGUUCGGAGUGUGAGAGCUGAAGAAGAGAGACGGAGAAUCACCAUGGAUGAGCUCAGAUGGAUUCACAUUUCUGUCAUUCUGACAGCGCUGCUUCACUUUACAGUGAGUGGGAAUCAAAAUUUCUUCACUAUCAAACAAGGAGAAGACGUGACUUUGCCUUGUGAGAACGUGAGCGACCAUCAGAGAUGUGGCGGCACUAUAUGGCUCUUUACUGAUUCAACAAACACAAGAACAAUGGAGCUGAGUAAACAUGGGCAGGUUGGUGAAAAUGCUGGAGCUAAAUCAGACAGACUGAGUGUUACAGAGGAUUGUUCUCUGAUGAUAAAGAAGGUCACACAAGAGGAUGCUGGGCGUUAUGUCUGUAGACACGAGAAAUGGGGACGAGAAGGAGAGACUCUGAGAUAUCUGUCUGUCGUCAGCAUUACUGAACAAACAAAUGACAGUUAUCUGUCAGUCACCUGUGAUGUGAGGACAUAUCCAUAUUGUAGACACACAGUGAAGUGGUUUAACGAGGGUUCAGGCCAGGAUGGAAAUAAUCAACAUGUACAAACAUCACAGUCUGACUCUGGAUGCCGUGCCACCGCCCAAAUCCCAAAAGCUCAUGCACCCAGAGAUAUCUUACUGAAGUGUGAAGUCACAGACCGUGGAAGAGUUCAAUAUUUCCCCUUCAGUCGUCAGACAACAGGUGAGGCCACAAAAAAUGACCCAAAAGAAAUGACAACAGCAGCAGGAUCAGACACAGCUGCAGUUGCCAGGUUCAUCGUUGUCUCUGUGGGUUUAUCAGCUCUCAUCAUAACUGUUGUGACCGUCAACAUAUGGACAAGAACUAAAGGGAAACAAUCACAGAGGAAUGAUAAGGUGGUGGAUGAGGAUGAUGAAGAUGAGACAGUGAACUAUGAAAACAUCAGAGCUUCUGCAGAGGAUUGACCAACACUUGUGUCUCUGUCAGACUACACAGAUCAACAACAUCAUGAUCAGAGGAGUUCAUGUCAUCUUUCCUCUACAAGAAGGAGAACCUCCCUAAUCCUGUCACUAACUCUUGUAUUGAAGAUCUUGGUUUUCCCUUGAAAAAGGAGCCGAAAUAUGAUCAAAUGUAAAUCAACUGAAAAUGAGCAGACAUGUAUAAAUGUAGGCUUCUGUCUGAAACUAAGGAUGCACAUCACUCCAUCAGAUUCCCUUUAUAGACAUGAAUGUAUGUGUUUAAUAUUUCACCACAUUCUGUAGCACCACCUUUUGGUGAAAUAGCAAAGAAGCAUGAGGAAUCAGUCUCUGUAGAUAGACAGCUGUAUACAACAAAUGUGUUUAAGGUUUCUCUCUACACAAACCACAACGAGGAACCCUGACUGGAAACUCCAUCUGUUUUAGUCCCUCAAAGGCUCAGCUCUGCAGGAUGAUGGAUCAGGACUUUACAGAUUCAAAUGAGUAUAAGGCACUGAUUUUCCCUCUGCACAGGGAGGAAGAAGAGGUUUGACUUCCACAAGGGGUCUGCAGACUCCAGUUUACUGUCAAUAUGUAUAUUUUUAUCUGCUCUCUUUCAUUAUAGGUCUAUUUUUCUAAGAGUAAUAUUUUUAAAAUGUGUGCUUUUCUGAAGGAUUCAAAGCUGUAAUCAUAUAUGAGAUAUCAUUUAUGCUCAUUUAUAUUCACACACACACACAUACAUAUAUAUAUAUGUAUAUAAUAAAAUGCUAGAGCAGGUACCUGAUGCAAGAAUAAGAGCUCACUUCUGCCCAUUCCUUUUAGACCUGCUUAUAACUUUAUCUUUCUGCUGACAGUUUUUCCUGCUUUACAUUUUUUCACGGUUUUAAAGAUCAGUGUUUUUCCUCUUUUAUUUUUGUUUUUCAGUUUUCUGUUGAUUUCUUUCAUGCUUGGAAUAAAAGUCUUAACUGAACUCCGUAGCUCCUCAGUUGCAAUACUCCUCUUACCAUCAGGGGGCAGCACAGCCUGUUAAACUUUUCAGAAAGGAAGAAGGGCCCAGUGUUUGAAACCAGCCUCAGAAAUCAGGAGAAACUCUUAUCCUUUUUUAAAUUUUUGACAAGAAAAUGUCAGUGUUGUGGACACAUUCUGAGACUUUGAUAUCACAUUUUGAGCUUGACAGAUUUAACUCAGAAACAGGUAUGAAGACAUGGCCCAAUUCAGUCAUUUCCUGUUGCCAGUUGGGGGCGCUACAGCAAAAAGAUAAAAUUGACGCUUGAAUUACUAGAGGGGCACACAUUGAUCAUAAAUGUGAAAUUUGAGGAAAUAUAAUGACAUGUUUUCAUGUGAGCGUGUUCAGUGUGAUGCUGAUGUCUAGCCAGAAAUUGUAGAAGAACACAGAGUAAUGUUCACAAAUGU